GAUCGAGUAGGGGGAUUGAGUGGAAGAGCAGCUCCCUGAGGGGGCGCAAGGGGCCAGUCCGCUAGCGCCAGCGCACCUCCGCCUCUUCCUUCUUUUCCUCCUCCUCCUCUUCCCACCCCUCCUCCUCCCGGGAGUCCCCAGUCUGUUCGUCCGUUCGUCGGUCCGGCGGUGCUGCGUGCUGUGGAGGCUGCGAGGCGUGGGCAGGAGCCGAGCCGAGUCCAUGCGCCAGGAAGGCGGCGAGGCUGCGACCGCGUGAAGCGCCAGUCCCGUGGGAUGCGGAGCUGAGCAACCAGCCGCCGAGCCCCCAGCCGCGCCACAGGGAAGCUGCAGCCCGCUCCGCGGGGAGGGGGGCGGGGGCCGUGCCGGGAGCGUCGCCAGCAGCGCCCGGGCACGGGAGUCCGGGGGUCCCGGCGGCACUCGUACACCCUAGUCGGGGCAGGUGUUGCGCAGCAAAAAGCAGACACACCCAUCCGCGGGCCAACGACCGACCGCAACAAUUAAAAAAAUCCGCUCACUUUCCCCAGUCAACAGAGGCAGGCGGCGGCACCUGAAAUUUGAGCAGGAAAACGGGUUCCUUCUGUCUCGGGCUAAGAUUACAAAGGCAGAAGUGACUCCCAAGGAGCAGCAGUGGAAGCGGUAAAACGAGCUAUGAAGUCUUACACUCCGUUUUUCGUACUCCUGUGGAGUGCUGUUGGACUAGCAAAGGCUGCCAAAAUCGUUGUUGUACCGCCAAUUAUGUUUGAAAGCCAUAUGUACAUUUUCAAGACCUUAGCCUCAGCAUUGCAUGAGAGAGGCCACCAGACAGUGUUUCUCCUGUCCGAAGGCAGAGACAUCAUGCCAUCUAAUCAUUAUGGACUGCAGCGUUAUCCAGGAAUCUUUAACAGCACCACUUCAGAUGCUUUCCUACAGUCCAAAAUGCGGAAUAUUUUCUCUGGGAGACUUACAGUAAUAGAACUGUUCGACAUACUGGACCACUAUUCUAAGAACUGUGAGAUGAUGGUUGGCAACAGUGCCUUGAUGCAGGGCCUGAAAAAAGAAAAAUUUGAUUUGCUGCUCGUGGAUCCUAAUGAGAUGUGUGGAUUUGUUAUAGCUCACCUUUUAGGGGUGAAGUAUGCAGUAUUUUCCACAGGUCUUUGGUAUCCUGCUGAAGUGGGGGCUCCCAUGCCAUUGUCUUAUGUUCCAGAAUUUAACUCACUUCUCACAGAUAAUAUGAACUUUCUGGAAAGGUUAAAAAACACUGGCAUUUACCUCAUUUCCAGACUAGGAAUCAGCUAUUUGGUUCUUCCAAAAUAUGAAAGGAUAAUGCAGAAGCAUCACCUACUUCCAGUGAGAUCCAUGUAUGAUUUGGUUCAGGAGACCAGCCUUUGGAUGCUGUGUACAGAUGUGGCACUGGAGUUCCCAAGACCCACUCUACCUAAUGUUGUUUACGUGGGAGGAAUCCUAACCAAACCAGCCAGCCCACUACCAGAAGAUCUCCAAAGAUGGGUAAACGAGUCUAAUGAAGAUGGUUUUGUCUUGGUAUCUUUUGGAGCUGGUGUAAAGUAUUUAUCAGAAGACAUCACUUGCAAACUAGCAGGAGCUUUGUCAAGGUUGCCUCAAAAGGUGAUUUGGAGGUUUUCUGGACUCAAACCAAAGAAUCUCGGGAAUAACACAAAACUUAUAGAAUGGCUACCCCAAAAUGACCUGCUUGGACAUUCAAAUAUUAAAGCAUUUCUAAGCCACGGUGGCUUGAACAGCAUUUUUGAAACUAUGUACCAUGGAGUCCCUGUGGUGGGUAUUCCACUUUUUGGAGAUCAUUAUGAUACAAUGAUUCGAGUUCAGGCAAAAGGCAUGGGGAUAUUGCUAGAAUGGAAGUCAAUGACUGAACAGGACUUAUACGAAGCCUUGAUAAAAGUUAUUAAUAAUCCCAGCUACCGUGCACGUGCCCAGAAGUUGUCAGAAAUUCACAAGGAUCAGCCUAGUCAUCCUGUCAAUCGAACUGUAUAUUGGAUUGAUUACAUUCUCCGUCAUAAUGGAGCACACCACCUACGGGCUGCUGUCCACCGCAUCUCUUUCUCUCAGUAUUUUUUACUGGAUAUCGUCUUUGUGCUGUUACUUUGUGCUGCUUUAUUUUACUUCAUUUUCACAAUGAUGGUCAAAUUCACCUACAAACAUAGCACAUGUCUCUGGUCUAGGAAUGAGCAUAGCGCUGUUAAUGGACAUUACCACAAUGGAAUCCCCAAUGGCAAAUAUAAAAGAAAUGGCCAUAUUAAACAUGAGAAGAAGGUGAAAUGAGCCAUUCCCACCUGUGUUAUCUCAAGGAAUCAGAUCAGUAGUUGAAUUUUUAUCACUGUAACUUAGUCUAACAGCUACUUAAAGGAAAACCUCAGUAAACAAUUCUAACAGUCCCCUAUGUACUCUUACAGGAUGAAAUUCUAUGUAACUAAGAUGUCUUUAAAACAUGCAUGCGUGCGCGCACACACACACACACACAAACCUAAAGUGUAAAAGUGCAUUUUAUUCUUAAUACUGAAGAGACGUUAUUUUGGCACUGAAAUUUUUUAGCAACCUUAACUCUUUGAAUCAAUUCAAUGACUAAGUUCUUAGUUUUAAAACCAGAGUGUGUAUGACUGAGAUAAGAAAUUUUUUUUUGUUCUCAAAAAAGCUUUUUUUUUAAAGUUUAGUUUAAUUUUUUAAUGCUUUUCUCUUAAUUGAGAGAAUUUCAGCCAGCUGCAUAUUUUUAAAUUUAUUGAAGUUACAACACUCCUAAGAAUGAGAUUGAGAAUAAGGCAUGAUCCCAGAAUGUUUGGCACCCAGAAAUUUAGUUGGUUGUAAACUCAGAAUACUACUAUGAAAGAAUGUUUCCUCCCUAAACUGAGCACUAAAGAAGAAAAAGAAGUAGCAAUGAUAUU